GUGAUAGAAUAUAAGACGCCGCGAUCUUCGUCAGAAUUCCGAGAACAUAACCUCGAGAAUAACAGAGCGAGAAUUUUCCAUAGAUUUAAAUAAGAUUAUUAAAACGCAAAUUUACUACGCAAGUAUGGCACGUUUGUUCAAUAGACUGACAAUUCGCGAGUUUGCAAAGAUGCAGGUUGUCAGAUACACUAAUAAUCCGGAUCAUUGGUCUGUGAUAAGAAAGAAGAAAACAUCCAUGGAUAAGGCUCUGAAACAUUUUGAUGAGUUUUAUGGUAAUGUGUAUGGAAAAUCAUGGGAAGAUAUAAGAGCUGCAUUAUUGAUGGAAACGCAUAAAUAUAUGGCUGUUGUGAAUAGCUUUAGCGAUAUAGACAGAAUAAAAUCAGAGUUGGAGGCCCAUGGUGCCAUGAAUUUAAAAACAAUCUACGAAACUUAUAAGGAACACCUUGAUGCAAAUCCAUACAAAUCUAAUAAAAAAAAGAGAAAAAAGAACCAAGCAAGAGGUCAGCAGGUAGAAUCUGCAAUUACUGAUGCUCAAGUAUCAAUGAUACAGUCACAUUAUCAGACAGAUACAUCAUCAUCUGUGUCUUUAAGUACAAUGAACAAAGAUGAAGAUACAGUGCUGGAGAAUCGAGCAUUACAGCCUGUAGAAAUAAAAUCUAUUGAAUCAGAUUUAAAUGAAAUAGUGUUUGACGAAAAUCGAAUUGUACAUCCUGAUGUUGGCUUGAAUGGGCUAUAUGAAUUUGUACCAGCCACGAAAAUUAAAGGUAUGGAUGACUGGAUAUUAGAAUCACAACAUUAUGGUUAUUACAAAGAGGGCGCCGAUUUCUCGGUAAACGUCGAGAAGGAAGCAAUAUUGACGUUUCCACAAUACCUCAACAUUUAUACAUUUGAGGAAGACAAUGAUAGUGAUUUUCCUUCUCCAAAGAAAGGAUCCACGGGAGUUUUAGAUUAUUAUCUUUUGGACGGUGCUUCUGUAUUGCCAACAUUGGCCUUGGAUUUGCAGCCGGGCGAUGUUAUAUUAGAUAUGUGUGCAGCACCAGGAGGAAAGGCUUUAAGUAUUCUUCAGACACUCCUGCCAGGUAUGAUAGUUGCCAACGACGUUUCUAAAUCCAGAGUAAAAAGGAUCCACAAUGUUAUAAACCAGUAUGUAGCUGGUAUAGGCCAAUGGCAAGACAGAUUAUACGUGACGGAGCGAGACGCGAGAUUAAUCGAUGACAAAGAUACAUAUAACAAGAUCUUGGUGGAUGUACCAUGUACCACAGACAGACAUGUCUUACAUUCAGAAGAUAACAACAUUUUUAAAUCGCAGAGAAUUCGAGAGAGAUUACAAAUACCAGAGCUGCAAGCGGAUAUUCUAACUAACGCUUUAAAAAUAAUAUCAGUUGGUGGAACAGUAGUGUAUUCUACCUGUUCUCUCAGUCCUAUUCAAAACGAUGGUGUUGUUGGUAUGGCAUUAAAAAAGGCCUGGGAAGAUACCAAUUCUAUUAUGGUCGUAAAAGAUAUGAGCGAAGCAUUAAAGCCAUUGCGGUGCCUUUACAAAUUCCAUGAUUUUACAUUAAAAUAUGGACACAUUGUUGUUCCUACACUUGGUAACAAUUGGGGUCCCAUGUAUUUUUGUAAAAUAGUGCGGAUACGAUAGUGACAUAAGGGUUGCUCGUUUCCGCUCCCAAAAAUAGUGUAAACCAAUAUCUCGAUUACAUAUAGAAUAAUCGUUACAAGGAAUACAAUUCUCCAUGCCUCUAUGGUUUGCUGUAAAUAAUAAAAUAAAAUUAAGAUAUAAUCACUUUUACUCUUCAAA